CACUGUACAGACUGUAGACUGUGCUGAUAAUUUGAAGUGUGUUUUCAAGAUUGUAAAAUUUGCUCAGCUCAUUAUUACCUUUUCAUUGUAUGUGGAGAAUAGUCGUGCUCUUUUUUCACUAGCUGACUGUGUGAAAACAACACUACAAGUAUAAAGGCCCCUUAAAAAACCUUUAAAGAUACUAGCUGCACUGUAUUAUGGGACCUAGCUGGCUGUGGUUGUAUUUUGCAAACCUGUUACAGUUUAGCUAGUAUAAAGUGUAUCACCUUAAUUCCGAAUCCUUUGUGUUCUGUAACAGAUCAUCAAGUUGUGGGUGACCACUAACUACCGUAUAACUAUUACUAGAAUGUUUUGCAAGCAUGCAUCAAACAUUUGUGAACUUUGCGAUGGUUGAUCAAUCCGCAACAAUAAAUCCGCAAAACCUAAAUAAAUACACACGAUCCUUGCCAGAACGCAAUAGUUAGGGUCAAAUUUUCUGCUGAUUUGGCUCAUUCGCAAAAGGGUUUUCACCAGCAAAAUAUUUUAGUAAUACGGUACCAUGCAUGGGUGACCACUAUACAUUAUCUCUAUCUUUACUUCACUUCUACAGCACUCAAAGUUCUCUAUCUCUUUCUCUAACCUUCUCCACUGGUAUUGAUCCUGGACCGGGUGUAUUUAAGGUGGUGCAUCGUGUCCAUGACAACCCAGACCAGCAGAUGUACUCGUGUGGUUCACUGGCCCCCAAAAUGAGGAGGGGAGGAUGUAUGGACUCUCACAAGCCAGGAGAGCCGUGGGAGAGAGUGAGGAUUGAAGAUACGUGUUGCAAUGACAAUGCUGGAUGCUUAAUGGGAGUGAUUUACCAAUGGAUGAAGAGUUGCUCAACAUGGAAGGAGCUGACUGAUCAUCUCGGAGAGGAGCAAUUGGUCUUGACCAGCUACGAGCUAGAUUGGAGUUUCAUUAUUGUGCUUGGAGAGCUGAGUGGUGUGAGUGGGUGUGGUGACCGAGUGUCCUCCCUCCUCCCCCUCUGUGCUGAGACACUACAACACAGACACUACCCUCAACACAUCAACCUCCUGGAGACACUGCUCAAACUGCUGCUUGGCUGAAAUGAUUGGCUAAUGGAUGACAAAGAGUUGCUCUGGAAGACCAACCUGGAGGGAGUUGGCAGACCAUAGUAAGAUCGGAGAGGAGCAACUGGCAAAGGAACUCCUGAUUAUCUCUAUGAGAGAGUUCCUGGUCCUCCCCUCAGAGGAGAGACACAACCACACCUACCCACACUGCUACCAGCCAUGCGCUACGAGGGAGUUACUGGUCCACCUCUUUCAGAGGAGAGACAACCACACCUACCCACACUGCUGCUACCAGCCAUGAGAUUGAAGAUGCGUGUUUCAAUAACAAUGCUGGAUGCUUAAUGGGAGUGAUUGACCAAUGGAUGAAGAGUUGCUCUGAAUGAUCAACAUGGAAGAAGCUGACCGAUCAUCUCAGUAAGAUCUGGUCUUGACUAGCUAUGAGCUAGAUUGGAGGUAAUAUGUGACUGAUGGUGUGAGGCUCUACUCUCAGGAGACCUGGAGGGUGAUCACACCGACCAGGGGAGUGCAGCUGGUAGAGCAGCACAUCCAUAAAGUGGUGGAGUUCUACAUCUCCCAGAGCCAGGGAGCCAACCAUGCAGUGAGAGAGGCAGCCUGCAUCUGUACUGCAGAGCUGGGCACUAAGGUGAAGGAUUGUCUGAAACCCUACGUGGGACGACUGUUCCCUUUUCCUGCUGGAAGAGAACUUAGUGGUGUGAGUGGGUGAGGUGACUGAGUGUCCUCCCUCCUCCCCCUCUGUGCUGAUCGAGACACUACAACACAGACACUACCCUCAACACAUUAACCUCCUGGAGUCACUGCUCAAACUGAGCACUGCUCGAGUGGACUGUUUCACCUCACUCUGUCAGCUGUGGGGAAAAUGAUCCUCAGAGGGAAAAUACAAUCCAAUCUCCUCUGGUAUUGAUCCUGGACCUGUCACCAGCUGUGGUGCAUCUCAUAUCCAUGACGACCCGGCCCACACAGGCCAGCAGAUGUACUCGUGUGGUUCAGUGACCCCAAAAUGAGGAGGGGAGUAUGUAUGGACUCACACUAUCAUAAGCCAGGAGAACCGUGGGAGAAGAGUGAAGGGUAAAGGUGUGAGUAUGCUACAUGUAUGUGAUUGAGGGUGUACAGUGGGUAUGGGAUAAAGGUAUGUUGAUGUUGUGUAGAUUAGGUGUAUACUGAUUAUGUACAAAGAUGUGUGUGAUAAGGGUACUUUGCAGAUGUGCAUGUAGUAUAAAUGUGGUGGUCACUAGUGGUUAAGUACAGCUUGUGAAUGUGUUGUGUGAUGUAAAUUAUUACAUCUAAAGGAUGACCUAUGCUUGACUCCGAUCCAGGCCUUUGGGUAUUAGAGCCUGGUAUAUUCACUGUUAAUUAGUGCGUAGGUGGAUUUAAUUGCGUGGUUAACCAUUUCUUGGUGUGGAAGCAGUUUGUAUACAGCGUCAGAGUAAAUGAAAUUCGAUCACUGCACAUGUGAUGUCUAUAGUUGUUUUCCUUCCUUUAUUAGGGUGUGUUUGUAGUAAUAAUAAUAGUAUAACAGUGCAACUAAUGGGUGAAGCUGUAAACACUUUAAGCAUAUUUAUUGGCCCGUGAGAGGGGGAGUAUAAUAUAAUAUUUUAAUGACAUUCACUAUUAUACUUCUAAGUAUAGUAUGGAUUUUCACGUUUCUAACCAACAAUGGUUGCAUGGGAUCUCUUUGGAAGAAUCUGCAUGGUAUGUAAUGAAGUUAUAGGUUUGAGUUCAGGAGCAGGCCAUGCAAUUCCAUGAAUGUCCCGCUCUAAAUCUUUGCCAUAGUUAGGGUUAUCAUGCAUGCACUGUCCAACGAUUAUAUAGAACUGCAAUACAUACUAUAAUCGACUCUGUCGACAACGUGCUUGGUAAUGAUGUUUAUUACAGAAUACAGAGAUACGUAAACAUGUAAUUAUAAAUUUAGCGAUUAUAAGGGUUUAAUUGCUUAUAAAUCUAGCCUGUAGUCCUAACCUAAACUAUGUGUAUAACAGCUGUAAUUAUUAGAAUCUUGGACAUCACAGAAAAUUAGUUCCUGCAUAAAAAGCAUCAGCUACUCAACUCACUAAUAUUAUUUACGUGACAGUACAAUACUGGAAUAGAUAUACACUAAGUCUUACUAGCAUAUACCUGUAAAUUUUGAUUCACAGGCAUAUAUACCUAGAUUAUUGUUAGGACAAUUGUUGCAGCUGAAAAGAGUACCCAGAACACGUAUGCUGUCUUUAUACCUGCAUGAAUAGAAUUAGAUGAUUCACAUAUUUUUUAGAAACGCUUGAGAAUGUGCCUGUGAUAGACUGAUGGCUAGACUAGCAACGGCCUAUAUUUUCAGUGCAUGUCUAUCGUUGAGGAACUCUCAUAUAAAAUCAAUAAAUUGAGAGAACUGACAAAAAAACAAAACAUGUGGCUCAGACUUAUCUGAGAUUCACAGUCUAAAAAUAGAGUCUAUAUAAAUACACAUACAUUAGAUCUGUACAUACGUCCAUUAGUCCAUCGCAGCGCCAUUGAAGAGUAUUUGAUAAUGAAAUUAGUAAUAAAAAAAAGUAAAAUUACAGAUAUUGUUUGCUAAUUAACGCUCAGUUCAAUGUAUAUGCCAAAGUUAUCUGCUUGUUGAUUUCCAGGGAUGUAUACGUACACCUAAUUGGGGGCUUUAUUGGAUUUUUGAGCUAUAAUUAGCCAGGGUCUACUUGCUAAACACUUCUUAUAAUUAUAAGUAUGCUCCUGAAUGUUCUUCACAGUUACCUACUUUAUAGCCACUAACUUUUAUUGAUCCGAAUGGAGUCCGUCAUAACUCCAUCGGUUGUCUGGUUACACUUGGACAUCACUGUUACACAUGCGUAGACAUCCAUGGGAGCACUAAAGGGUACAGCAAGUAUUGCUUCAAAACUAUUGCUUUCUGCAGAAAUAGCGAUGGAUUUAAUUGCAGUGUUAGUGUUACUGUCAAACACCUGGAUCGUGAAGUGACUAGGGUCAUAGUUUCCAUCAUUAGGUGUCCAGGUAACUCGCACACCAGCCGUACCUUCGUUUGGUGGGGAAAAAUAUCCAAUCAUAGGAGAAAUCACAUCUAAAGGAGAACCUAUGGUAAAGAAAUCAAUGAUGAUAGCGUGAUUAUUUAAUAGCUUGGUGCACCACACUUAUCAAUCAUCUCCGAGAGGAUGGUGGGUAACUUAAAAACUGACUGAGUCAAUCAUAAUUUAUACCUAGUACCUGAAGGUUUGUGCUGAGCUACAGCUUCAUCAGAAGGUGAAAGAACAGUGCAACGAACAGAAAACUCAGGCAAUGAAGAAUUUUGCACUAUUAAAUCUGCUACCAUCAAAGGUGAAGUAGUCGAAAUAAGAUUUGAUACAAUAGGGCCAUUUCCUAUUCUUCCUAAUCCGAGAGUGUCUCCACGCGCAUAUGACAAAGGAAGGGACACAGUAAUGUAUGGUGGUGCUGAUAGCCUAAUUUGAUCUCCAGUUCCAAUACAGACAUAGGUAACAAUCUCUUCUGGACAAACAUACAUUCUGUUUGUUGAUUGCAGAGAAGACCUAAUGGUUGUCUGACCAGACACAUUUACAAUCAGACAUCCUCCUAGAAGGAGAACUGACCAAAUCACUGAUCCCUAUAAACCAUACAGACAGUUGGUUAUAGUAUGCUAUAUAAUCAUAUAGGACUCUUACCAUUGGCAUUGGCAUGGAUUUAUGAAAUAUAAUAUCAGCCUAUAGCUAGUCUCAAGGAUUAAUAACGCAUCUAGAUUAUUAAAACUGAUAAGAAACACUUCAGCGCUGAUUUGCCUAUACGUCAUUAUAGUCAGGAUGUGCGUGUCGAAUCAUGAAUAAAUUAGAUAAUGGAGGAUAAUAUAUCUAUGAUUUCACUGAUCAGUGUGUUCCAUAAGUCAUUAAUGAAACCUCAAAUUACGAUAAUCUGCUCCUGUAUCAUUUUGUAGCUCUAUAUAGGAAGCGUCCUCUGGAUAUUUGUUAUUAUAAUACAGUAGAUAUGCAUGUAUCCACUACUUGCAUGUAUAGAAUGAUCUGAUUCAUUACGUCAUGCAUGGUGUUGGUAUAAUUAUGGAUUGAUAUCUAGCUCUCGCUUGUUUCCAUGGAUUGAUUGUGUGAUUCCUUGCAUAUGGCCUAUAUCAGAUAAUAGCUAGUAGAGAAACACUUGAUUGAGGAUUUCCUGUCAUUUCCUGUCUGCUUAUGUCACUUCCUCUUAUUAUUGGGUGUGUCUGGAAUUCACUGGGGAGCCCUUGUGAUUACGGUCUACUCACUGAUUGGUGUUUCCAUAGCAAAGCUUGACGUCAAUCAGAUCAUGAAUAUCAUUUGUGUAUCCGUGUAUCUGAAUUGAAUUUUAGUACUCAACUUCAGACAUUUAUCUUUCAGUUCUUUCGGUUAUGGUUUCUAAUGGGUGUUAUAGCCUCUGGCUGUGUAGACACUUCAAGUGCAUUCAUUUACCCAUGAUGGGAGUAACCAUAUAUUUGACGGUAAGGGCAUUCAUUAGAGAAAGUUAACUUUCUAAGUAAUAGCUCACAUUUCUACGUAACACUGGCUGAGAGCUUCUUCUGUCCAGAAUUUUGAUUGUAAUUUAGGAGCAGGCCAGCUCUGCAGAUCGAUGUCCGAACCAAAUCUUUCAAAUACGUAGUCAGGGUGGUGUGCACGAGUGCAUUGAAAUGUUUUUACUAGUUGUUUUUCAUUCUUUGGGAUACCGUAUAGCGUGACAUUUUGAACGGGCUUAUUUUCGUGGGUUUAACAAUACACGAAAAUUGUGUAAUUAAAAUUAUCUGCUAUAACGUGCAAGGGUAAAGUAGUCAACCCUUAAGUGCCUUAAAAAUGUCGGGCUAUACAGCAGUUUUAUAAUUAUAGGAAGAUGAUUGUCUGUUUGUAGUGGUCGGGGUAGUUUAUCUUAAUUUCAGUGAUAAUUAUGGAUAUUAUAAUUGUAGCACAGUAAAUUGAGUAACAGUAAUCGCUCGAUCCUGUCACUGUGCUUUUUAUGGGAAAAUUGAGGCACCUAUAGAGAAAACAAAACAAAACACUAUUACGAGAGACCGUGCUAACGAAACUAUAAGGAGCUAAGAACCGAAAAGUUGAGAAAGGAAACUUUAAUAAGAACACUGCUUGAUUGACUAUUAAUGGAUGAUGAAGAGUUAAUUACUCUGGAAGACCAAUUAAUUAACCUAGAGGAGCUGGCAGACCAUGUAAGAUAGGAUCAACUGCAUGGCAAAGGAACUCCUGAUCAUGAGGCUGGUGAUCUUGACUCCUCUGAUAUUGAUCAUGGACCGGCUGUAUUUGGCGUGGUGCAUCGUAUUCAUGACAAUCCAGACCAGCAGAUGUACUCGUGUGGUUCCCUGGCCCCCAAAAUGAGGAAGGGAGGAUGUAUGUCACACUAUCACAAGCUGGGAGAGCUGUAGGAGAAGAGUGAAGGUUUCAUUCUCCUGCUUGGAGAGCUGAGUGAUGUAAGUGGAUGUGGUGACCGAGUGUCCUCCCUCCUCCUCCUCUGUGCUGAGACACUACAACACAGACACUACCCUCAACACAUCAACCUCCUGGAGACACUGCUCAAACGGAGCAGUGACAAUGCCCUGGUGCAGUCUGCUGGAGUGGACUGUCUCACCUCACUCUGUCAGCUUCUGGGGAGAAUGAUCCUCAGAGGGAGAAUAGAACAACAUGAUCCAACGAAUCUGGACAAGUCUGACAAUAAAUUCUGUUGUUUUUUCUUACUCUUUGUUAUGUGAACAGAUGCAGUGCUACAUGUAUUGUUUACAUUGUAAUGAAAGCUGCAAUAGAUUAUUGAAAGAUA